AUGGCGCAGUGGUCGAUCAACAUCGCUGUGGUCGCUGAGCCGUAUUUUGUCUGGCCUAGGGAGGACUGGGUGGCGGACCUUAACGGCUCAGUGGCCAUCAUUUCUUCAGCCGCCGCCGGUACCCCGACCCUUGAAGGUGUCAGGAGGGGUCAGGGGUGCGUAGCAGCACGGUUCGGGGAGUUCGUCGUUGUGGGGGUGUACUUCUCCCCGAACCGAUCUCUCGCCGAGUUUCACAACUCUCUUGCAGAGCUGAGAGCAGUCGUCGUCGGAAGUAAUCCCCUCCCCGUACUUGUCCUCGGGGACUUCAAUGCCAAGAACUUGGCUUGGGGUUCUCGUCGUACAGAUGUGCGGGGUAGGAUGGUGGAAGACUGGGCUCUGGAGACAGGCCUGGUCGUCCUAAAUCGGGGUUCUGUCCCCACGUGUGUGCGGAUGCGGGGCGAGUCGGUGGUGGACAUUUCGUGCGCUAGCCCCGCUCUGUCGCCGCGUGCCAUUGACUGGCGUGUCAUGGAGGGGGUGGAGACCUACUCCGACCACCGGUACAUCCGGUUUGACGUCUCCACCCAGCCCUCGAGCGCGCCAGUCCAACAGGCCCCGAGUGGUCCGCGUUGGGCGCUGAAGCAGCUGGACCGGGAGCUCCUCCUGGAAGCCUCGAUCGUGCAGGCCUGGGUGUCAUCACCGGACAGGCCUGCCGACGUCAAUGAUGAGGCAGGGUGGUUCCAGGAGGCCAUGUCCGAGAUAUGUGACGUGGCAAUGCCCCGCGUCCGGCCAGGAAGCGCCCGGCGUCAGGUGUAUUGGUGGUCGCGUGAGCUGACGUCUCUGCGCGAGGCGUGUGUCGCCGCGCGGCACCUGUACGCCAGGCAUCGCAGGCUCCGCAUUCGUCCACCGAAUGCGGCAGCCAUUGAGGCGGAGCUGUACGAGGGAUACAGAGCGGCAAAGACCGCCCUCCGGGAGGCUAUCCUGCGGGCCCGGGAUCGGGCCCGUGAGGAGAUGCUGGAGACUCUCGAUAGAGAUCCGUGGGGGCGCCCUUACAAGAUCGUGCGGGAUAAACUCCGCACCUGGGCCCCCCCGCUGACGCAGAGUCUCCGGCCUCAGCUCGUGGAGGAUGUGGUGAGCGCUCUGUUCCCUGCGCGCGGGGAACAUCCGCCCCCGCCUAUGGCUCUGCCACCUGCGGUGCCGGAAGCGGACCACCAGGACGACGACGACGACAUCCCGGAAGGGACCGGGGUAGACCUGAGAGUGGCGGUACGUAGGCUCAAGGCCAGGAAUACCGCCCCAGGACCCGAUGGCUUGCCUGGCAAAGCCUGGGUCCUGGCCUCGGAGGCUCUCGGGCCCCGACUGGAGGGGCUCCUAAGCGCAUGCUUGGAGAGAGGCCAAUUCCCGCUUCGUUGGAAGACGGGGAAGCUGGUCCUCAUUCGGAAGCCGGGGCGCCCUGCGGACUCUUCGUCCGCAUACCGGCCCGUGGUGCUGCUCGACGAGGUGGGCAAGCUCUUUGAAAGAGUAAUUGCAAACCGCCUCGCCGAGCACCUUGCGGGGACGGGGCCGGAUCUUGCGGAACACCAGUUUGGUUUCCGCAAGAGGCGCUCUACGGUGGACGCCAUCAUGCGCGUGAGAGCCCUCACGACGGGGGAUGCAGUGGCCAGGGGGGGGGUUGUCUUGGCGGUGUGUCUCGACAUCGCCAACGCCUUCAACUCCAUGCCCUGGAGCUGCAUUAGGGAGGCACUCCGGUAUCACCGGGUGCCGACCUAUCUCCGUCGUAUAGUCGGGGACUAUCUGACGGACAGGGCCGUCAUCUACCCCGGUCGAAACGGAGAGUGGAACCGGCGAGAGAUGUCGUGCGGUGUCCCACAGGGUUCGGUUCUGGGGCCGCCCCUGUGGAACAUCGGUUACGACUGGGUGCUGCGCGCCGACCUCCCUACCGGCGUCAGCGUAGUUUGCUACGCUGACGACACGCUGGUACUGGCACAAGGGGGGUCGUACGAGGCGGCGGCGGAAACUAUGACACGCGGGGUUGCGAUAGUCGUUGAGAGGAUCCGGCAACUGGGUCUCGAGCGGACAGACUUCCGGCAUGAUCUCAUGGCGACAUGGAGAGAGCGACUGUCGCAACCCCGUGCUGGGCACGCCACUAUAGCGGCGAUAAGACCCCUCUUUGAGGAGUGGCUUGAGAGACGCCACGGCGUCCUCACCUUCCGCCUGACGCAGGUCCUCACCGGACACGGUGCGAAACUGUUUGAAGAAGGUCAAGCCUACGUGGCUCUUAGUAGAGUAAGAUCUUUGCAGGGACUACGUAUAGAGGAUUUGGACUGCAAUAAACUAACGGGCAAGAAACCUUGCAAUAAUGAAGCACUAAAUGAAUUAAACAGAAUGCGAAAUAAAAACUAA